GAGGGGGGGGGGGGAGAAAGCGACAGGCAGGGAGAGAUAAUGCCAAACGCUCUCGUGAAGAGAAGCAGCCUUGAUCUGGGCUGAGGGAAGAACUACAUGACCUAAUACUUCAUUGUCUUGCCCUGUACUUUCUCAUUUCUCUGCUUCAGCAGGCAGAGGAAGAGGCUACUGCUGACGCACCUCCUCCAGGGGGCUCGGCUCGGCUUUUCAGUCAGUCAGCAGCUACCUGCGGAGCGAGCGAGCAGCAGCACCGUAGACUACAGCUACAGCAUAUCUGGGUGGACGUGCCAAGAGCGCCAGCGAGAGCCUCAGACCAGUGGUGGAGGGAGCCAGGCAUGGACAGCAAGCGCUGCUUCGCCAACCGCUUCGAUGACUACAAGGGUAGCCUGCUGGCCGGGCAGUGCAAGGAGGCAGUGACGCCCUUAGUGACCGCCACCAUCGACCACAUCCUCAAGGAGGUCUCCCCGCUGGGCGGCGGAGAGGCGGCGAGCGGCCUGGGCGGCUGCCAGGGUGGGCUGUAUGGCGGCGUAGCUGGCGUGGCCUACAUGCUGUACCAUGUCGCGCAGUGCCCGCUCUUCGCCCAGGCGCGGGACUGUUACCUGCGUGCGGCCAAGCAGCUGGUUGACGCCUGCGUGCGCUACGAGGAGGACUGGGGCGAAGCCGACGCCGACACCCGCGCCGCCUUCCUGCUCGGCGGGGCUGGCGUGUACGCUGUGGCCGCGCUCGUCUAUCAGGCGCUGGGUCUGCCGGACUGGGCCAGGCCUCUGGGCAAGUUCCGCGAGCUGUGCGAGCUGUGCGCCCCCAUCACCUUCCUCGAGUGCGGCUCGGACGAGCUCUUCGUGGGCCGCGCCGGCUACCUGUGCGCCGCUCUGGUGCUGAAGCAGAAGCUGGGCUUGGAGGUGUUGACUCCAGCACAAAUUAAGUCAAUUUGUCAGGCAAUGUUAGAAUCUGGGAAGCAGUAUGCACUGAGGAAAAGAAAACCAGUUCCACUCAUGUACUCUUACUAUGGAACAGAAUACCUUGGAGCUGCUCAUGGACUUUCAUCUAUCCUACAGAUGCUGCUUUCCUAUUAUGAAUAUAUUCCACCUGCUGAUCAGGAACUAGUAUGGCAGAGUGUUGACUUCCUUAUGGAUCAAGAACAGAAUUGCAACUGGCCUCCAGAACUAGGAGAGAUGAUUGAACGGGAGAAUGAGCUUGUACACUGGUGUCAUGGAGCUCCAGAAAUCCAAAGCUUCCCUUUCAGGGCCUUCUCUCUGAUGGAAAUUGAUGCACAGUGCAUCCUGGCUCUUCUGGGACUCAAACCUACUCAUGAAGAAGCACUUAGGAUCAUUCACUUUUGCGAGUGCUCCCAUUCAGUUUCUCCCAGCAUCCCUACCUCUAUAUAUGGCAUUGCAUACAUGUUUGCAAAAGCAUACUUAGUUUCUAAGAAGCCCCAAUAUCUAGAUAGUUGUAUCCGCUGUGGAGAGUUAACUUGGCAGAAGGGACUACUGAAGAAAGGACCUGGAAUAUGUCACGGAGUGGCUGGCAGUGCUUACGUGUUCCUGCUCCUAUACAGGCUAACUGGAAAUUCUAAAUAUAUCUACAGAGCACAACAGUUUGGUGAAUUCUUAUUUACUGAAGAAUUUAAGGCUGGAUCUCGGACAAUGGAAAGCUUUUACAGUCUGUUUGAAGGUUUCUCAGGGACAGUGUGCUUCCUGAUUGACUUGCUCCAGCCUAACCAGGCUGAGUUCCCUCUCUUCAGCAUCUUUGUGUAAAAUGGAACAUGUUCCACUGCCAGGAGAGGACAGCAAUUCCAGAGACACCAGUUCUGUUCAGGAAAGUGAUUUUAGAAUAAACGACGUCCAUUUCAGCAUUACCACUAAAUGUUGUGGGGCAAGGUGGGGGCGGGGAGAACAGGUGAAAGCUAAAUAUAUACACACAUAGAUAUAUAUUCUGGGGCUUGGGAAGGGAACCAUGUGGUUUAUAAAUAAUAGAAAUUUUAAUCAAAAGGAAGAAAAGGGCCUAACAUUUUUCCAAAACAGAAAAGAAAACGGACAGAAUUCAGCUGAAUUAAGAGAAGUCUGUUUCAGAGUAGUUGAUAGCAUUCUGUCUCUAAAAGGGUAGGUUUGUUAAAGGGAUAGCAUGGAAAUUUGAAUUUUAGGAAAGUGCAACUGGAGAACAAAUGUAAACAAUGCACUGUUGUUGUUGUUGUUGUUAGUAGUAGUAGUAGUAAUUGCUUGAUGCCCAAAAGUCCACAAGCGACUUACACAAUGUUAAAACAAAAACAAAUAAAAUAUACUAUAAAAAUACACAACAAUAAACAAUAGCAGUAACAUCCCCAUGCAGCCACAGGAAGCACAUAAAAAGUAAUCAGCUUGGUAUAUUCUUUCAGGGAAAGUAGGAAAUAAAAAAUUAGAACUGUCAAACAUCUUUGAGAUAUUCCAAAAAAUCAUAUUUGGGCAAUACCUUUAUUAAGCCAACCAAAUGUCAGAAAAUGGUAUGCAAGCUUUUGAGUUCUCCAGAACUCUUCAUCAGGCUAGGUGACAACAAAAGUGAGGGGGUGGGGGAAAAGAAAGGGAGGAGGAUUUGGCUAAUGUUCAAGCCAUCCAGUAAGAGUCUUAAGAUGGAGUGUGUGAAGUGGCAAGCAUUCAUGAU